AAAAAAAAAAGGGUAAAUAAUAGGAGUAAAUUAGUCGGAGUAAUAAAAAUUAAUGACCAGCGCGAGAUCGGAGAACAACGGCCUUAACCAUCUUCUCCGGCGAAAUCCCUAAUUUCUAAGAAUCCUACAGUCACCAAGGAACAAUCGAAUUCCGAUUCCGUCGAAGUAAAUUUCUCAGAUUCAGAACUCGAAGAUCCUUUGGAAAGGAGGAGAGGAAUUGGAGAGGGAGAUCCUGUGGCGUCCGACGACUUGAGCAAAGAGAAGAGCAGAAACUGUACUAAGAUAUCGAAAGCGCGGGGUAGUUAUGAGACAAGGACCAUGCUCUGAAGAAGAUUGCUUUGGCUUGUUGAAGCAGUUCGAGCAUGUUCUUGAAUCUGACCCUCUUAUUGAUGAAGUAGGGUUUAUCCACCCCUCACAGUUCACCUUGCUGGAUAAAGAAGCAGGUUUCUCCAAUGUGUAUCUCCAGCCUCACGAUGGAACCUCAAGCAAGUUUUGGAAUCAAGAUCACAAAUUGGGAAUAUCCACUGAUAUACUUGUUCAGUUAUGUAAAGAUGCCAAGCAUCUGUUUCUGCUUGCGCUUGAUGAGUACAAAUGCCAUGGAAACGCAUGUAGGGAGCCUCAGAUUAAGAGUAUCUCUUCUACUCCAGAGAGUGAAGUCAUGAAGCAUAGCCAAGCUGUUUUGCUGUUGAGCUCAGACUUUGGAACCGCAUGGAAUGCUAGGAAGCUGAUAUUGUCAAAAGCAGAUAAACUUUUCGCAUUCACGGAUGAACUUCGUCUCUCUGGGCUCGUUCUUUCAAAUUCUCCAAAGAGUGAGUCAACAUGGAGCCAUAGAAGGUGGAUAAUUAAGAUGAUUUCUCGGAGAUUUUCUACACCACAAGAUAUUAUAACCAAAGAAUCUGAGUUAGUGGAAUCAAUAGGCGAGAGAUCAAAGAUGAACUAUCGUGCAUGGUAUCACCGUUGCUGGUUGGUUUCCUACAUGGAAGUUGAGCAGGUGAUACAAGAGUUGAACAAAUCUAAAAGGUGGGCAGGGCUUCAUUUAGCCGAUAAUUCUUGCUUCCAUUAUCGCAGACGGCUGAUGCUCAAGAUAUUGGAUUCGCUUUAUGUGAAAGGAUGCAAUGCUUAUGAUAAAACUCAGGCACAUAAAAUCUGGAAGGAAGAGCUGGAUUGGAACAAAGAAUUGGUAGAGCGUUACGUAGGACGAGAGGCACUAUGGCUUCAUCGGCGGUUCCUCUCUCUUAAUUGGAUAAUGUAUUUCACUUCCAAUCAUUCAGAUGUUUCACCUGAACUUGGAGAGAGUAUCAUUAUGAUGAGUGAAGAAAUUGCCAUCUUCAUUGAUAAUGAGAUCCAUCUUCUAGAAUCUUCUAUGACCAUUCUGGAUACCAAAUUUGAAGAUUAUCAAGCUCAAGUAUUGCAUGCUGUUGCCUAUAUGCUAUGGCUGACAAAGAAAAUGCCAGAAUUGAGGAGAAUGCUCGAGGAGAAGCUUGGAACAGAGAAAGUGAAGUGUUUACUGAGCAAAAUUGGUGAAGAGAGACCCUCACUUUUGCAUCAUUUGGUGAAUGUCUGAAGAUUGUUCUGAGGUUUCAAAAGGCAAUAUCUUUUUUUACACUUUUACGUUAAUUAGCUAGAAGAAAGAUUGCAUUCUGCAGAAAAUGUUGUCAAACUAUGUCUCAGAAUCUGUUUUGACUUUUUUUGUUUCCUUUGCCGACAUAGCUUAAUAUAAGUUGAUUAAUGAAGAAGUUGACCGUGACAAAUCUUU